GACGGUUACUGAGACCCACCGGCAGGGCGACGGCGAGCCUUUUCCUCUGAUUUCCUCCGUGGGAAUGGAGAGGGUUUGAAAGGCAAGAGGCCAAGACCUUUCAGAGGAGAAUUCAAGUUUCUCUUGGAGGGGUUUGCCAGGACUCCCUGCUCUGUGACUGGGGUGUUCCGGAGAUGAGUCCCCUUUCAGCUGGUGACUCGGUCCUUACUCGCUGUUCAGCAAAGACACCUGGCCUUGGAAGGGCUCUGUGACCCUCUGGCUUUAGAAUGGGCAACACUGUUGAAACCCAGAAGCCCCUGAGACGAAGCCACCAGUGCCUCUGGAGACAAGAAACCAGUUGCUGUUUAGGACAUCAUAGCACAGUGCCCUUCAGAAGAGUGCGUCUUAGCAGACAUGCGCGUUCCAGAGACUCUCAGCGUUCUCAUCUCUCCUCCUUCACCAUGAAGCUGAUGGACAAAUUCCACUCACCCAAAAUCAAGAGAACGCCAUCAAAGAAGGGAAAACCAGCUGAGGUGUCCGUGAAAAUCCUGGAGAAGCCUGUGAACAAAGAGGCAACAGACAGAUUUCUACCAGAGGGCUACCCUAUCCCCUUGGAUCUGGAGCAGCAGGCAGUAGAGUUUAUGUCCACCAGUGCUGUGGCUUCCAGGUCUCAAAGGCAGAAGAACCUGAGCUGGCUGGAAGAGAAAGAGAAGGAGGUGGUCAGUGCCUUGCGCUACUUUAAGACCAUUGUGGACAAAAUGGCCAUCGAUAAGAAGGUGCUAGAGAUGCUUCCAGGCUCAGCCAGCAAGGUGCUGGAGGCCAUCCUACCGCUGGUGCAGAGCGAACCCCGAAUCCAGCACAGCUCAGCCCUGUCCUCCUGCUAUAGCCGAGUAUACCAGAGUCUCGCCAAUCUCAUUCGAUGGUCUGACCAAGUGAUGCUGGAAGGCGUGAACUCAGAAGAUAAAGAGAUGGUGACAACUGUGAAGGGCGUCAUCAAGGCUGUGCUGGACGGAGUGAAGGAGCUGGUCAGACUCACCAUUGAGAAGCAGGGGCACCCGUCUCCAACAAGUCCAGUGAAACCCAGCUCCCCAGCCUGCAAACCCGAUGGCCAGUCUGAGCUCCCGCUGACAGAUCGAGAGAUGGAGAUUUUAAACAAGACAGCCGGCAUGUCGCCGUCGACCGAGCUACUCCCCGACCCUACUGAUGAAGAGGCCGCGCCCCCCAAGCCGCCCUUGCCUGGCAUUCGGGUGGUUGAUAAUAGUCCCCCACCAGCGUUGCCACCGAAGAAAAGGCAGUCGGCUCCCUCUCCCACCCGAGUGGCCAUUGUGGCCCCCAUGAGUCGGGCCACCAGCGGCUCCAGUUUGCCUGUUGGCAUCAAUAGGCAGGAUUUUGACGUGGACUGUUACGCGCAGAGGCGCCUGUCAGGAGGCAGCCACUCGUACGGCGGGGAGUCCCCCCGCCUGUCCCCCUGCAGCAGCAUCGGCAAGCUCAGCAAGUCGGACGAGCAGCUGUCGUCUCUGGACAGGGACAGCGGGCAGUGCUCCCGGAACACAAGCUGUGAAACACUAGAUCACUAUGAUCCUGACUACGAAUUCCUCCAGCAAGACCUCUCGAACGCAGACCAGAUACCUCAGCCAGUGGCCUGUAACCUUAGCCCGCUGCCGGAGUCCUUGGGGGAGUCAGGGUCUCCGUUUCUUGGCCAUCCUUUCCAGUUGCCACUUGGCAGCUGUCCCCAGCUGGAGGGGGCCUUGGCCCCGGGGCAGCCGAUGGACAUGCCGCCUGCCCUCCCCGAGAAGAAGCGCCGGAGCGCAGCCUCCCAGACCGCGGACAGCUCUGGCUGCAGGGUGUCCUACGAGCGGCACCCGUCCCAGUAUGACAACAUCUCUGAGGACGACCUGCAGACCCCAGCCACGGGCCCGUCCGGCCCCUUCCCACCCUUUGCUGCUAUCCUCCCCUUUCAGCAAGGAGGUUCCUCAGCCUCUAUUGAAUUUGUGGGUGACUUCACUGUUCCCGAAUCAACGGGUGACCCAGAAAAACCGCCGCCUCUACCAGAGAAGAAAAACAAACACAUGCUGGCCUACAUGCAGCUGCUCGAGGACUACUCGGAGCCGCAGCCCUCCGUGUUCUACCAGACGCCGCAGAGCGAGCACAUCUACCAGCAGAAGAACAAGCUCCUGAUGGAGGUGUACGGCUUCAACGACUCCUUCAGCAGUGGGGACGCCCCCCAGGAGCUGGCGCCGCCCCCCGCCCUGCCCCCCAAGCAGCGGCAGCUGCAGGCCUCCUGUGCUGCUGCUUCCUUCUCCUCUGUCUCCUACUGUGUCCAGCAAACUAAAGUGGCCUUCACCCCCGAGGACGGCAGUGCCACUCAGGGCAUCAGUGUGUCCGUCUCUAACUCCUUUCUCAGCCGGCAUGGCAACUUACCUGUGCCCGCGUAUAAAUCCGUGUUUAGGUCCUACUCCCAGGAUUUCGUGCCUCGCAACCAAGCUUCUGUUCACCCUUUCCUUCCGCCUACCUCCUCUUCCUCUCCGCAUUUCCUACCUGUCCACCAGUCUCAGAGCUCUGACUUAGCGGUGCCUGCCGUAGCCAGGCCGCCUCCCAGCACCGUGGACGGGCCUCUUUCAUCUUCUCAGGAGAGCAGCUUGCAUGGGAACUCUGUCUGCCUUGCUUCCGAAACCUCUUUCACUGACUCGCCCCAGACGCCUUCGAGUGAAACUGCCAGUGAGGAGGCUGGUGAGGGUGAAUACGUCAAUCUGUAUUCCUCUGGCCACAGCAGCGAGGAGCUGGCUGAGUCUCGAGGAGAACCACCAGCUGUGAAAGACGGACAUCCCAGAGACCCCUCUUCGGUCAGCAGUGCACCUGGGAAGGAAAGCAGAGACAGCGGAGAAAGGGCCCCAAAGUCACCAGAUGCUCCAGAGACAGCUCAGCCAGAGGAGGAAGUGGACGAGCUGUCCCUCAUCGACCACAACGAAAUCAUGGCAAGGCUGACACUCAAGCAAGAGGGUGACGACGGACCAGACGUCCGCGGGGGAUCUGGGGACAUCCUGCUUGUCCAUGCCACCGAGACGGACAGGAAAGAUCUGGUGUUGUACUGUGAGGCCUUCCUGACCACCUACAGGACCUUCAUCACCCCUGAGGAGCUCAUCAAGAAGCUGCAGUACAGGUACGAGAAGUUCUCUCCCUUCGCCGACACGUUCAAGAAGCGCGUCAGCAAGAACACGUUCUUCGUGCUGGUGCGGGUGGUGGACGAGCUCUGCCUCGUGGAGCUGACGGACGAGAUCUUGAAGCUGCUGAUGGAUCUGGUCUUCCGCCUGGUGUGCAACGGGGAGCUGAGCCUGGCCCGCGUGCUCCGGAAGAACAUCCUGGACAAGGUGGACCAGAAGAAGCUGCUCAGGUGUGCCAGCUCCGACCAGCCCCUAGCAGCCAGGGGCGUAGCAGCCAGGCCGGGGACCUUGCAUGACUUCCACAGCCAUGAAAUAGCUGAGCAGCUGACACUGCUAGAUGCCGAGCUGUUUUAUAAAAUAGAGAUUCCUGAGGUUUUGCUUUGGGCAAAAGAGCAGAAUGAGGAGAAGAGCCCCAACUUGACCCAGUUCACGGAGCACUUCAACAACAUGUCCUACUGGGUCCGGUCAAUAAUCAUGUUACAGGAAAAGGCCCAGGACAGGGAACGGCUGCUCUUGAAGUUCAUCAAGAUCAUGAAGCAUUUACGGAAGCUCAACAACUUCAACUCCUACCUGGCCAUCCUCUCGGCGCUGGACUCGGCGCCCAUCCGCAGGCUAGAGUGGCAGAAGCAGACCUCGGAGGGCCUGGCUGAGUACUGCACGCUGAUCGACAGCUCGUCCUCCUUCCGCGCCUACCGGGCCGCCCUGUCGGACGUGGAGCCGCCCUGCAUCCCGUACCUGGGGCUCAUCCUGCAGGACCUCACCUUCGUGCACCUGGGAAAUCCAGACUACAUUGACGGGAAGGUGAAUUUUUCCAAACGGUGGCAGCAGUUCAACAUCCUGGACAGCAUGCGGUGCUUCCAGCAGGCGCAUUACGACAUCCGGAGAAAUGAUGACAUCAUAAACUUCUUCAACGACUUCAGUGACCACCUGGCCGAGGAGGCCCUAUGGGAACUCUCUCUGAAAAUCAAACCCAGGAACAUAACAAGGAGGAAAACAGACCGGGAAGAGAAGACCUAGGAGCGGGCGCCACGAGCGAGGAGAAGGCUGAGAGGCUCGGGGCCUCUGAGAGUGGAAGGGACUUCGGACCUGUUACGUGGCGGCAGCGAGCAUCCGGCCUCAGAGCAACAGGCCCCGCCGGGCAGCAGCGGCCUCGCCACCGCCCGCAGGGAGCCAGCAGGCAGGUCUUGGUGCUGACUCGUGACCCAGUGGUUUUCUUUCAGUUUUGGUUUCUGCUUUCCCUUGUCUUCCCCUCGCCCCUCCCGCCACCCCUGCAGCCUGGGAGCCACACAGAGACGUAUGUCAUCGGCAAACCAAGGGACGGCGGGACCCUUCACCCCUCCCUGGGUCUGCUGAAAUGACACACGAGUGGAGGCUCGAGAACCCUUUUGGGGGUGACCUUAAAUAAAGGGGACAUGUAGUUGAGUGGGCUGAGAGCCCAGGAGGCUGGGGGAGGCUCGUUUACCUCCCCAGCCCUGCUUUGUAAAGUGGAGGAGAGAGCUGCUCAAAUGGCCCAGAGAGGUACGACAGGUGGCCUUCAGCAGCCCCGGAGCCGGCGCCCCUGGCACGGUGCUGGCCCUCACACUGGCUGCUGCCUGCCGGCACCCGGGCCACAAGCAGUGACUAACAUCCUGCGCCAUCUUGUGGUCCCUUCAUCCCCCCACCCCACCCCCCGGGUGGCACUCCCCAUCACCUAGUGUUGUGGGGAGCUGGGAAGGAGACGGGGGGCAAGGGAGGAUGCGACCAUCCGCGAGAUUCGCUUUCCCUGAGCUGGGCCAGAGAGGGGAGGCGGGGGGAGGGCAUUUCUGUCCUGGGGGAGGCCGGCAGCCCCCCUCCUCUGUCGCUUGCUGUGUGCCUUAAACUCCAUCUCCGGUCCCCUCCCGCCCCACGGGCUCACCGCCUGUCUUGCUCCAGGGGGACAAGGAGGGGCUCCUUCUCUUGCUCAUCAGACCUGCCUACCAGUGCUGUCACCCCCGAGGCCACGCCCCACCACGCGGCCGGCUGUCUCCUCGGGAAAGCGUCUUUAGGAGCAGGUGCUCUUGCCAUCCUUGUUCAAACGCACUCUUGCUACUGAGGUCGACAAUCUAGGUGGGGCCUGUAGGGCUCCCCCGCACACAGGGGUGCCCGGCUAGAGCCUCCCACACCCUCUGGGCUCCGUGCCAGCCCAGACGUGGGCCUGCGGGCAGGGUACCCGGCAGAACCUGGACGGCUGUCCCCACGUCCUGUUGUGCAGAGUGGAGCGCUCAUUUCUGGGGUUGGGACUCGGUCCAGCAACCACCAGGACCUCACUGCACUUAGCCCAGAACCAAGAGGAACAGUAGCAGGCAACGUCUUUUACUUAGGUUUUCUUUUAAAAAACAACCCUGUCACUUUUGAGUCCUUCGUGGGUUUUUGAGCAGCUUUUAUCAAGAAGAAAAUCUGGGCUGGGCCGUUUCCUUUCGUUUGUCCUGUACCUAGAGGGGAGAAGUCUAUGAAAUGUCAGUUACGGCCCCCCUGCUGGCGAUGCUGCGGUGGCCGGCCGGAACACGUCACUUUAUUAUUUAAGGAGUGUGUGUGUGCAGAGUCACUGUUUAGUAACAGUAGUGUGUGUGGGGCUGGGUUUUAGCUUGUGCCUGGUUUUCAAAGUCCUCUCAUUUCAGUCCUCUCGCGGCCUCGCCCAGCUCUGUUGAAUGCUGCUGUGUGUGCUCGGGGGCCGCUGUGCGCUCAGGCCCGUGGGUUGUGGGAGCUGGCGUUUCCCCUGCGUUCAGAGCCCCCGGGGACCUCCCUCCCUAGCAUAGGCAAAGACAAACAGCCUCAGAAAGCCAGCCGCUGGCGGAGGGACCGUGUCUGCCGCCUGUCCGCCUUGAUCUCAGCCAUGAGCUGGAUAGGGUGGGUGGGCGCGACGCCUCCCUCAGUUCACAACAGACCCUGCGCCUACACAUCACCCCCCAGCCCUGCCCACCCGCCCCCUCCGGGAGCCCUCAGUGGUCUGAGCAGAGGUGCCAGGCACCAAGCGAGCAGUGCGGGUAGAUGAGGGGCCAGCGUGUCUGGUGACCCCUGCGUGAGGACAGCAGGUGCAGUGUGUGUUUUAACUUAUUGGCUGACAGGCGGCCCCACCCCGCGCCUCCUGAAAAGCCUCCUGGCUCUGAGAGUUACUGAACCCAGAGCUGUUACAGCGUGGCCGUGAUUUGUCUGUCGUGGGGGCAGGGGGUGAGAGUGGGUCUGUAAGACAGACAGGCGCCAUCAGGACAAUUUGGUUCCCUGCAGAGAGAGCCGGGGCUUUCCUGCAGGUGGGGUGGAGCCAGGGGGAGGGCAGGCACGUGCCAUGUCUGAACUGAACCCCAAUUCUGAGAAGCACCUCCCUCCACUGGCCCCACGCCUCCCCAAUGUUACAUUGUAAUAUAUAUCCCCCACUAACCUGGCUGAUAGUGGCAUCUUCCUGCAGACAUUUCACACCUGUAACUUUUAUAUGAAAGAAAAAUAAAUACAGAUGAAAGUC